GGGGAGGAGGAAGGAGCGAGCAGCGAGGAGGGGCCGCAGCCCAGCGCCGGGCUGAGCUAUUCUCCGGGGCGAGUGCGGGGAGGCAGCGCAGCAGGAGUUGCUGCUUCCCAGAAACUUGAUUAUUUUUAACCCAGGAAGAAAAAAAUAAAAAAUAAAAAAAAUAAAAAAGGAAGGAAGGAAAGCGGGGAGAUUAAAAAAAAAAAAAAAAAAAAAAAAGAGUGGGGGUAAAUCUAAAGGAACUCGAAAACACGAGGUUGGCGUCAGCACGCAGCUUUGCGGAGGGGAGAGAAGGGGCGGAGAGGUUCGGGCUGCCCUGGGAUGGGGCACGGAGCGGUGCCAACCCCAGCGGAGCGGCCCUGUGGGGUGGAGGAGACAGCAAGGUCUUCUUUCUCGCGUUGCUUAACCACGUGUAGAUGGGAGCCUGGCACUGGGCAGAGUGCAGAGGCAUCUUGGUGGUGUUCCCACUGCAUGACACUGUUGUGUUGGGUCUGAGAUGCAGAGCCCCGCAGCGGUUGUUCCAAAGCCCCGUGGCUGGAAGAGCACUGGGGGUCUUCUGCCCCACGCCCGGAGCUGCACUGAGGGCACUGGCACUGCAGUGCGGAUGGGACACUGUGCACAAAGUCCCCAGUGAAGGUCCAACCCUUUCUGACCCAAACCCUCCCCAUGUAUUUGUAUGACUGCAGCAGCUGCGCUUGGUUGGAAACUCAGUGUCUUCCAUGGCUGUAACACCAGCCCAAAGCAUUACAAGCCAUGGGCCCUUCCAGGAAAUAUCUGGCAAUCCCACACUGUGCUGCUCAGGGUGGCGCUGGGACCCCUGAGCUGCUGUUCCCAGCCCCCAAACUGAGCUCCAUGGGGAACACCACGUGAUGAAAUGUCCUAUAUCCACAGACCCCAUGUGGAAACAGGGCACGGCCCUCCCUGGGGAGGUUCUUCCAUGUUGGACCUCUGUUGGACCUCUGCUGUCAUCAGUUCUGCUCUGCUGCUGUGCCCAGAUCCUGGAUGGGGCUGGUGAUGUCCACAUGAUGGCAUCAGAACCAUCAUCUCAAAGGAGAAGAAGCCCUUAGCUUUGCAGUCACAGCCAGGACAGGUCAGAAAACGUAUUCCAUUCCACAAAGGCAGAGAGGUGACGAUGGCAAUCAGUUCAGCCUAGCCAGACCGGGUUUGGAACAGGCAGCAGGCACCCCUCGAAGUGCAGAGGAAACAAAACUCUUGACAAAGGCACUGCUGCUCUGUUGGCUCCAUGUGGGGCUGCUGAGGGUCUUCGUGCUGGUUUGGUUCCUUGGGCAACAUCACCCCAUCGUGUCCCAGCGCACCGCAGCCUCCCUGCCACCAACAGGCUCAGCAGUGCGUGCCCCAUCCCUGGAGCUGCUCGAGGCCAGGCUGGACGUGGCUCUGGGCAACGUGAUCUGAUGGUUGGCGACCAGCCCACAGCACAGGGGUUGGAACUGGAUGAUCUUUGAGGUCCCUUCCAACCGAACCAUUGUGCGACUCGAUGAAAACAUGUGGCUGACUGGGUGCAAAAGCGCCAAGCCUUCCUCCUCCCCUCUUCCUCUCCCAAACCCCAAGGGCCUGCAGUGGAGAGCUCCCCCACAGUGGCACACCCAGGGGCCCUGGGGACGGGCCAGGAACUGCUUCCACCCCACGGCUGCAGCAGGAUGGGGCUCGCAGCAUCACCCGCCCCACAGGGCUGGGAUUUGCCAGGGGGUGUUGGAUGGCAGAGGGCCCUCCGAAGAGCCCCUCGUGCUGCAGGCAGCCUAGCGCACACUGCUCGCAGGGUAUUUUUUUCUUCCUCGCUCUUUGUUAAGCUCCCUUUCAGCUGAAAUGGCAAUGCCUGGGUGUUCUGAGCUGACAAUAAUUGCUGCAGUCUAGACACUGUCUGGUAUGAGGCACGGGGAAUCAAAGAGGCCCCUUCUCUCGCAGCGACUUUCACACAUGCUCCCUUGCUUGGGCUCCUUCCUUCUCCCUCUCCCAUGUUCCCUCGGUCUUUGCCUUUUUUUUUUUUUCUUUCUCUCUUUCUUUCUUUUUUUUUUUUAAUUUUUUUAUUGCUCCCCUCUAUCUGCAUGGCACAGAGAUGGAGGAGAAGCGUCAGCAUCUUCCCCCACGCGCGCUCCCUCUCCGCCGUCUGUUCCAUGCUCCCCCUCUCCCUCUCUCUCUCCCUUUCUCAUCUGUCUCCUCUCUCUCUCCUUCCUCCACUCUUACCUUUAUACUAUUCCCUUCCUCCCAAAGUUAGCAGAGAAGGGAGAGGGUGGGGGCUGGCUCUGCCGGAGUUUAACUCCUUCCUUACCCUCUUGAAGCUCUCCCUUUCCUGCUGAGCCCUUCCUGGCUGUGGGAUCCCCUACCCACCCCAUCCCUGGUCCUACAGGAGGUGCCUGGUGAGGCUGUGCUGGAUUCAGAUGCAGUCUCAUGCCCUGAUACCAUGGGCAUGGAAUCAUCCCUUCUUGCACCAUUCCUUGGCCAACAUCAUGGCCAAUGGGAAGGGCUGUCCAUUGGGGACCCAUAGGAAGGGGCGACCAUUGGGGACCCAUAGGAAGGGGUGUCCAUUAGGGGCCCAUGGGAAGUCCCCCACGUCUCAGCAUUGCAGUGGUGCAGAGCUGGGCAGGUGCUGCAGCUCCUCCAUCACCUCCGUGCCCAACAAGAAGGCAGCCAAUGUGGGAGAUGUGGGAGAGCACCUCACUGCCACACCUCCGCUGGUGGGCACACGCAGCACUCAGGAGCAGCAGCAGCUCCCCAACCUCCAAACGCUGCUCAAAUAUUUGCUGGGGUGCAGAUGUGUCCCAGCUGCAGGGAACCCAUCGUUGCCUCUUUGGGUACUUGAGUUGCCACAGCAAGGCAACGGCAGGUCUCCAGGCAUGCACCCACACUGCUUUAGGUGCUGCCUCAGUCUGUGUGUUGUUGGCGCUUCAGUGGGAUGCCGUGUUGCAGUUCCAAUCAUGCCCAGGACUUAUUGUGCUCUAAUGCUAUUAACAGAUCGUUUCUAGCUCACUUCUGGACUCCUCUUCAUCUCUGCUCCCUGCACAAAAAGUCACUUUUUCUGCAGAGCCCAACUAAAUAGUGCUGAAUUCUCAUCCAUGCGUUUUCAUUGCUGUCAAAUGCUUUCACCGGAGGGGAAACUGAGGCAAAGCACAGGGCAGCCAUCUGCCAGCCUGCAGGUCCCCUCCGUGGGACACGGAGCUGCUCUGCAGCCCUAUUUGCACUGCCCGGCAUCUCAGUGGCGGUGGUGCUGCUCGCCUACCACGGCAAAGUCACAUUAGGAAAGUAUGCGAUGUAUUUUUAACUGUCCAUAAUGCAAUUUAGCAGCUGGAAACGAGGACGAAAGCCAACCCCGUGCGACCAGCCAGAUCUCUGCUGUCCGUGAGCGAGCGCUCGGUGCACGCAGUGUUACUCUGUCGGGUUGGGGACCUCGUUUGGGAGAAGGGCAGGGGAGGGCUGCGUCCUCAAAGCGGGUUCUGUCUCGAGCCAAGGGGUGAUGGAGCUUGGGGACCUCGCUGGGGCAAAGCAGUGCUGGUGGUGUGACAGCAGGAGAGGAGACAGCCCCAGGGGAGGGAAACAACUGCUGGAGGUCAGCGGCAGAGCCAGGAAUAAAAUCCAGGUGUGCUGAGCUGGCGCUGGGUUUGUAUUCCCGCACAUGAGUGCGUGCAACUGCUGUCCCCAGGUGCAGAGAGAGCUUCCCAAAGCCAACGGUGCGCUCCGGAGCCCCACUGCAAGCUGUGGGGCAGCAAAUGUGCAGGAUGUGGGGGGAGAGAUUUGGGGUCUCUGUUCCCUGGAGCAUCCCACACAGCGUGGCUGGGUCUGGGCCCCGCUGGAAGGAUGCUGAUAAGGCAGGGAGGUUAAAAACACUGCCUUUAUUUUGAAGCUUAUCUCCAAAUCCUAAUGAAAACAGACGAAGAGGGAAGGCAGGGACAUCGGAGAUGCAGUGGGGCUGAGGCUGGGCGGUGCUGUGCAGCAGAACGCGGCUGGGUUGGGAGUCCAGUUGGAUCCAGCAUGAGAUGCAACACAGGGGGAGUGUGAGAUUACAGGAAAGCUUUGGGGCAAACCCGAGGAGCCGGGGCACAACUCUUGGGUCCCACACAUGGGGAGAGAAAAGCUGGGGGGGGCUGCAGACCCUCUUCCUGCCCCACCAACACCCUGAAACUCAGAAUCCACUCUUAAUAAGGGGCUCAGUGAGGAAGAAAAACCUUGAAACCAAGGAAACAAGGGAAGCAAAAGGGGGGGAAAAUUCCUCUGCAAGGCGCAAUGAAGGAGGGAACGGGAACAUUUGGUGGGCUGGGAUGUCUGCUCGGCCGAGAUGUCCCAUCUCAGAGUGGCAUCAGCUGCAGCCUGGGGCAGUGCUGUAGGAGAGCGUUGGGGGUAGGAGGUGGGAGGGAGGGGCUGAGCAGAGGGCUGUGGGGAAGCUGUGGGGCGCGGAGCAGAUGCGGUGGGCUCAGUGAGGAGUGCGGCUUUGCAGACACGAAAUAACUUUCCCCUUCCUAAAGUGAUGGGGUACUGAGGGUGGGAGAAGCUCGGGGUGAGAAGCACGUGUGUGUGUGUGUGUGUGUGUGUGUGUGUGUGGCCAAACGCACACAUCGCAGCGCUUCGACUCCAAGGCUGCACCGAAGGAGACCCUCCCGUGCCACAUGUGGGUCGUUCCCCUCCAACCACCCCAUCGUUCCCCGCAGAGGGGCAGCGACACGCGCCCUCCAUCGCCGCCGUGUGCCGCGGGGCAGCGUUCGGGUGACCCACCGCAAACUAUGGCGAGGGGGGGGGGGGGGCACAACCCCAUCCGUCCCCAUUCACAGCUGCGCACCCCCAUCCCUCUCCCGUCCCGUAGCGCGGUGCCCGGCCCGGCUCGCUGCUGGGGGACCGUAACGUGAUAUUUCCCCGCGCGUCCCCCGGAGGGUUUUUUCCAUUACACGGAACGGAGCUGCCUGCUCGCCCGGCUCCCCCGCCUGCAACCUCUGGCACCGCUUUUCCAGCGGCACAUUGUGCAAAUGUAACCUUUCAGCAAAGCCACUCCUACGGCAGGAAGCCGUGGGGCCUCGGCUGCUGCCAGGAACGCAGCCGGCUCGGAGCUGGAAGGCAGCCCGUUAAUCAGAGCCGGCUGACAGCAAAGCACACAUCCUGGGCAACAGAUUUCUGCUCCCGCUCCCUCGCGCUCAGCCUCGCCUCGCCGUGCCUGCAUCGCUCCUGCUCGGCUGCUUUCUGCCAGCCCUUCUGCCUCCCCCUCCUCUUCGUCCUCCUCCUCCUCCUCCUCUUCCUCCUCCUGGGGUGUCCAGCAGGGUUUGCUCUUUGCAGGGGGGCUGUGCAUGGGGACAGGUGCCAGCCUGGGGGUCCUGCUGAGGAUGGGGGCGGGGGGGGGGUGUUCGGUGGGGCCGUCCCCCGUGCUCACAGCACCCACAGGACCUCCUGCAGACAGUGCUUGCAUCCGCCCCACAGCGCUGUACCCAUCGCCAUAUGGCAGCGCUGUGCUCAGGGUGCUGUCCUGGCUGAUGGAAAUCCAUCGUGGCUAUGGGGUGUGAGGCCGUGGGGUGUGGGGUUAUUCCAGACCCCCCGGCCCUCCCCAGGCCCUGGGGACACCCAGUCCUGUGCUGCAGCCAACUUUGGGGAAGUGCCUUUGCCCGCCUGCAGCCCACCAUCCCAACCAAACAGCUUUUGUCUGAGCUCAGACAGCCCGGCAGGGCUCUGCUUGGCUCCUACCCGAGCUUUCUGCAGGUACAUCUGCACUCGUGCCCAGGUGAAGCCCCGCCAUCGCUGUCCCCACGCAAUGGGCUCUGUAUCUUUUGCGUCUCGUUUCAUCCAGGACUUGAAACACGAAAGCGCUGCAUUGAGGUGUCUGUUUUUGUGGUGUUUCCAGCCCAGCUGGAAGCAGGAGGCACUAAAAAAUGGAGAGAUGGGGGGGGGGGAGGGGGAGAAGGAGAAAGAAAAAAUCAAUCUGGCAGUAGUCCAUCUUCCUUCCAAACCCACCGGACCCGGGAUGCUCCCACCUUGCUCAUCCCAGCCCAUCCCCGAUGGCUUUGGGGAUGCUGCACAAAGCAUGGCCCCUCUGCUGGCGUCGAGGCCGGGCUGGUAAAGCCAUCCCUGCAUUUAUUUCACCUUUUCCUCUGGUUGCGAAUUGUCCGAGAGCAGAUGGCGAUUUUCUCAAGUGUAUCCGUUAUUCGAAGUCGCUCACCGAGACAGGGAUGGCUCACACAAACCCGGCCCCCCUGCAAAGCCAUCAUUUGGUCUUUCCAUCUGCCCAGCCACUGUGUUCGGUGUGGGUUUCAGCCAGCUCCGUGGGGCAGAGCGGGACGGCACGGCCCUACACGGUCAUCCCCUUAACUACGGGACACGGAGCCGUGACGGCCAGGGCAGCUUGGGGGUGGAAAGCAAUCCCUGGAGCUGGGGGGACCCUCUCCUUAUGAGCCCCUGAAUGGGCUCCCAGGCCCAUCUGCUGCCACAUUCUGGCUGCGUUUUUCCAUUUUCCCUUCUCAGUCCUCUCCUUCUCCCCUCUGCGAAAGCAGCCAUGGGGCCGGGAGCUGCCUUGCAGGGAUGGGGCAGCGCUCUGUAACCGGAGCCCAUCGGGACCCCCUGCGCAGCCCCACGCCAGGAAUGUUGCGCCGAGGGGGGCUGCCAAGGGCUGACAAAAGGGGAACCGCUUUGAAAUGCAGCUUGCUCUUCCCCCCCCCCCCCUCCGUGUGUUAAACAAAUACCCCCCGGCUCAGGGGGUGCCUCCCUGCAUCCCACAGCCUUUUGUUGCCAAGUCUUUGUCUGGGGUGUAGAGAGAGGGGUGGGACCCCCCCAAGCCUCCCCCAGGACACCCAUGUGGAUGGGGUCUGGGAUGCUGAGCGUGGGGCUGAGAGUGGCUCAGUGCCCCAUCACAGGGCCUGGGGACACCCCCUGAGCCCCGCUGCCCACUGUCCCUCCUGUCCCUGUGUCCCAUCCCCAUGGCAUCUCACCAUAGGCGCAGCCGUUGGGUCUCCACGUGGGAACUGCCAUCAGACUGUGCCAUUCCUGCAUGCCAAUCCACAUCCAGCAUCCAGCCCCCAUAUGGGGGGGUCCAAACCCAAAGCUUGGGGGUGUUGCGGAGCCCACUGUCCCCAGCAGACAUUAAGGGACCAAGUCCCAUUAAGGGACUUGUUAUUUUGCAUCCCCAAAGGCACUUCAUGCAGUUUCCUUUCGGGGAAAAUAGUUGGGGGAAAAGCCUUUGAGAGGGGGGUUGAACAACCCCAAAAUGCCCAAGGAAAUGGCAGCGCUGUCCUCCAGCCAUCAACACCAUUAUGCCGUGCAAAAGAACCUCCUGAAUUAACCACAGGAAAGCUGAAACUCAAAAUGAACCCCUUGGAAACCAAACCCAGGCUGCUCCGACCCCCCCGUAGGCACGAAGACCACAGAAGCCCCCAACUGCUGCCCACAUCCCUCCGUGGUGCCCCAAAGGUGGGAGAUGCCCUGGGACACCCCAACCAGUGCCAGCGGGGCCGCAAUGGGAAGGCUGGGUUGGGGAUGGGCAGAACCCGUUCAUCUCACUGCUUUUGGGGGUGGGUGCGUGGGGGGAACCCCGGGGGGGCGCUCAGCCCUCCUCUGUCCACGGGAAGGCCACGGGUGAGCGCGGUGCUGUGCUGUGUCCCCGGGGAGCAGCGGCCCCGCAGCCCCGCGCCGCGCUCGUCACCCAGACAAGAGAUCAAUAACUAAUUUCACUGCAGCAGCAGCACGGGUUUUUUUCCAAUAAUUGUGAGCCGGCGGUUGGGAAUGAGGCUCUCAGCACCGCUCCACACCAACCUGCGCCCGAUCAAUCGCCGCGCCGCUGGGGCAGCAGGAAAACUCAUUUUUCUCUUUUUCUUUCCUCUCAGCCUCCUCCUCCUCCUCCUCGUCCCAUCGCUCCCUCUUUGGGCACAGCGAUUCCGGCUCCGUCCCCUCACCUGAGGGCUGUGCUGAGCGUCCCCACCUGCAGUGGCUGCUCGUCCCAUCCCGGUGCUGCCAUCCCAUCUCCUGCAGGACAGACCCUGUGCCAAGCGUAGGGCGCAGCAUCUGUCCUCAUCCAGGAGCACUGUGGAGCCGUGGCUACGGAGCCGUGCCUUUCGGUCACCAGCUGGUGCCUUUGUGUUGCCCAUACGUGUUCAGUGAUGCAGGAGGAGAUCUUUGGGAUGCUGUGGGGUUGGUCUGAUGUCGGGCAUGAGCCUCGCUGGGUUCCUCCCUCGUUAUCCAUCUCUUUAAGCAUCUGAGACCCUCAGUGCCUCAGUUUCCCCACACGUGUCUGUAACAGUGGGCACAGCUCCCUGAGCCACCCAUAGGCUCUGUGCUCCAGUCCCCAUCUCACAGGACACAGUGCUGGGCCACGAUGCCAAUCUCUGCAGUCCCAACCUCCACACACCCAGAAGGCAUUGAGGAGCACUGCGGCAUCCCCCACCUGUGUGCCUUGUCCCAGCUUGGGGUCAGUGCCAGUGGGUGCUCUGAGCCCACCCUGAGCCCCAUCCCUGUGCUGGUGGGGCAUUUCCACGUCCUUCUGGUGAACCAGCUCAUGACUCCCAUGGUUAAUGUUUGCCUUAACCCCUCUUUCCACACAUUGAUUUGUAUUUGCAUCAUGCCCUGGCCACGGUGCUCAGGAACGCAGGGUGCUUGCAGGGCUCCCCCCACGAGCAGCAGUGUCCCCCAGCCAUGGCUAAGGUCAUUCUUCAUGGGUUUCCCAGCAGCACUGGGGCCUCCAUCCUUUCUCUCCCAUUUAAUCCCAUGAAUUAAACACCGCCUUCACCGCGGAGCGCCGAGCGGUGCCGGCGUAAUGUCCAAGUUUUACGACUUGCCUUGAAGGCACCUAUCGAUUGGGGUCCUCUCUGGAUGAUGGAGCUUUUAGUGCAUCCUGGGCUGUCCGAGCAGGGCUGGAUCCUCAGCCCACGGGGCUCAGCCGCGCCGUGCCGUCACGUCCCCGUGCCCCAUCUCCAUGGGUCCCAUGGGGAGGCGGCAGGCGGGGCCCUCAGUGCCCACACGGCGCCUUUAAGAAGCCCACAACCAGCUCCAGGAACACGAGCUCAAGGUCACAGUGGGAAACCUGCGGACUUGGCAGCGAGGAGAGGAGAGGAGAGCGGGCGGAGGGGAGGAGGAGGGAGGAGGGAAGCAGCUGGGGAUAAAACCCAAAUUCUGGCGGGGAAGAGGGGACGGAGGGGAGCGGGGAGGUGAGGUGCAGGGGGGUCCCACCCAGGGGUGCCUAACUGUGGCACCUUGAGGCCCUGUGCCGCAUCCCCCGGCGCGGCACCCGGACGCCCUCUGGGAGGUUUGGGGUUACCGAAGGCACCGGGAAUGAGGCGGCUGCUCCUGGUCUGGGUUUGGAGAUGCCCGUUUUUAAUUUUCAUCAGCAGAAUUAAUCUGCGGAGCUGCUCCCCCCCCCCCCCCCCCCCCCCCUCCUCCUCCCCUCCCCUUCCUUUCCUCACUGGUUUCGACGGAGAAUUUGAUCACUUCUCCCAGGAGCUCGGCACCAUUAACAUUCACUCCUGGCGCGCACGAGCCGCGCUGCAUCGCCAAGCGCAUCGCCAGCUGUGGGCUGUGGGCUGUGGGCACCUCGACCCCCAUCAGCAGCCCCAGCCCUUGGCCUGGCACCAUCCUCACCCCCACCGAGCCGGGGAGGGGCUGCUUUAUUUCUGUGUCCGCUCCCCCGUAGAAAAAUGAAGGGCACAGCAUAGGAUCAGUGGGUGCUGCCCUUCUCCUGCUUCCAGCCAGCCUUGGGCUCGGAUCUGGAGGUGUCCGGAGGGUCGUGGCCUCAGGGUUUGCUCUGCAGCUGCUGGGACACCUGGGGCUGUCCAAUAUGAUGGAAACCAGAAAGCACUCCGGGGGUAGGAUCCAAAUCUUGCACCAUUUCACAUUUUAAGGGAUGCCAAGUGGUCACCCUGGGCUGCCCCAGAGUUGCAUAAAGUUGUGGACUUUUUUUUUCUUUAAUAAAGGUUAAUAAAGAAUUAACUCCUUAUUGCUGUUAUUAUUACUCCAUCACUGUCACUAUCACUAUUACCAUUACCAUUGCUAUUACUAUUGCCAUUGCUGCUAUUGCUGUUGUUGCUGCUAUUGCUAUAACUAUUGCUAUUUCUAUUGCUACUAUUCCCAUUUCCAUUUCUAUUCCCAUUCCUGUUCUCAUUCCUCUUCCUCUUCCCAUUCCUAUUCCUAUUCCCAUUCCCAUUCUCAUUCCUGUUCCCAUCCGUAUUCCCAUUCCCAUUCCUAUUCCAAUUCCAAUUCCUAUUCCAAACCGCUGCCCCUUGCAUGACAUACAGUUUCCCUGACACCAGCACAGUCCCAGCUGGGACGAUGCCCUCUGGCCCCGAGGUGCCCCCUGUGCUGCAGCAGCAGCAGGAGCUCCAUCAUCCCCUCCACCAGUGUGAGGCUGCAUCCUCCCCAUGUACAAAUGAAGCCCAUUUUUCUCCUUUCUGGCUGUGGCCCCACGCACUGAGCCCAGCCAUGCUGCUCCUCGAGGGCACGGAGCCAUUCACCGAAGCGAGAAGCCGAACGCUUUCUUUUUAGCCUCGCUUUAACAAGUAUUAAUUAACAAGAGAGUAAACACUAAUCCCAAAAUGACACAAACUGUGUCGCUUGAAACGAAUGUUUGGGAGCUGUCUGUGCUGGGAUUUACAGCUGCAUGGGUUAAUGGGUGCUAAAUCAUUGCUCAGGCUGCAAGGAGAAGCCGAGCUGGAGAGGGGCUGGGUGUGCUGCUCAGCCUGGCAUCGGCUGCACGGGGUGCUGGGGCUGUGCUGGGCUGUGCCAUGCCAUGACCUCCUCUGGUAGGAGGUGUGGAUCCGCUCAAUGCUUGGAGCAAUGGUGCCCCCACCCAGCAAUGGCUUUAACCAUAGAGCGCUGCAAGAGCGACCAGAGAGUCACCCUUGCCUACAGCCAACCUCCAACCCUUGUGGGCUCAGGGGAGGCUGGGGGCUGAAGGCAGGGACUCAGCGUCUUGAGAGGGGCCCGGAGAGGCAGGCACUCAGCACAGAUCCAGGCCGGGUUUUCUUCCUUCUUCCUCCUCUAUCGUGCAGACUGGGGAGCUGCUGCCUGUGCACAUGCUGCUCCAGUCAGUCCUGCUCCAGGCUGAGCUGCACAGCCAGCGUGAGCCGGCGCUGGGAACUGGGAAACAGCUUCAUGUGCACACUGCAUCCUCCCUGUGCACACACUGCAUCCUCUCACUGCACACUGCAUCCUCCCUGUGCACACACUGCAUCCUCUCACUGCGCACUGCAUCCUCCCUGUGCACACAUUGCAUCCUCCCCAACAUGCUCACUGCACAUUGACUGGGGCAGGACCACAACAACGCAUGGUCCUCCAUUCCCCCCAUGCCGGGAGGGCUCCCCUUCAUCCCAUGUGCUCAGCCCCAUUUCAGGAGGGCUGGGGAGGGCUGUGGGGGCUGCAGGGCUGGAAGCCCCAGCUCUGGGGGUCAGCUCCCUGCGCAUCGCCUCGCCGUGCCAUUCUGCGGCGCCUUGCUUCCUAUCAUGGAAUUUUAAUUUGGUUAGUUGAGUUCUUUAAACAGUGUGAACUUGCUAAGUGCUUUGCAUAUUUUAUACUCAUGAGUAACAUUUAUCAAACAGAAAGUACAAUUAAUCAAAUAAGGAGCUUUUGUAACCCGGAGCGCUUUCCCUUCGCCCUCAUCUCACCCUCCGCAUCCCCUUCUCCCCCCACCACUGCCCCAUCUGGAUACACAUAGAUACCAAUAUACAUGCACACAUAUACAGUUAUACAUACACAGAUAUAUGUAUGACCAGUAUUUUAUGUGUGUAUAGAUAUAUUUAUGUCUGCACGUGUUCAUACAGAUGCAUAUGUCCAUGUACCUGUAUCUAACUACUGUAUAAAUACACGUGUAGGUAGGUAUGGUGUGUAUGGUAUGGUACACCUGUAAGUAUGUGUUUGUAUAUAUAUGUACAUAUACAUAUACAUAUAUAUAUGUACAUAUAUGUGUACAUACAUAGCUAUGUGGUCCAAUUAAUCUGUAUAAUAUUAUAUUCAUAAUGUUAUACACACAGUCUGUAGGGAGAAUUUAUAUAUAUGCACUGUAUUAGCUAAUAACCAGUAUCUGGUAGCUGUCACCUGCCCUCUAGUAUAGUAUAUAGCAUAUAGUGUAUAACAUAGCAAAGAUCAUGUGGUAUAUAGCAUAUACUAUAUAGCAUAUAGUGUAUAACAUAGCAAAGAUCAUGUAGUAUAUAGCAUAUACUAUAUAGCAUAUAGUGUAUAACAUAGCAAAGAUCAUGAAGUAUAUAGCAUAUAGUAUAUAGCAUAUAGUGUAUAGCAUAUAAUGUAUAACAUAUAGCAAAGAGUAUAUAGUAUAUAGCAUUUAGUAUAUAGCAUAUAGUGUAUAACAUAGCAAAGAGCAUGUGGUAUAUAGCAUAUAGUGUAUAACAUAGCAAAGAGCAUGUAGUAUAUAGCAUACAGUGUGUAACAUAGCAAAGAGUAUAUAGUAUAUAGCAUAUAGUGUAUAACAUUAUAGCAAAGAGCAUGUAGUACAUAGCAUGUAGUAUAUAGCAUAUAGUAUAUAGCAUAUAGUGUAUAACAUAUAGCAAAGAGCAUGUGGUAUAUAGCAUAUAGUGCAUAGCAUACAGCUGGUGCCAGGCACCCGUGGUGCCACCACCCACACGUUGGCAGCUCCCAGCAGCACAGGGAGAGCACUGACCUAAUUUGUUGUGACGUCCCAAACCCACCGCAGCGCAGUGCUGGAGCUGUGGGGCACAGAGCUGUGUGUGUGGGGUGUGGGAUCCCCCAUCUCCCCCGGAUUGUUGGCACCUGAGUGGGGCACGCAGCAUGCUGAUCGCUGGGAACAACACGUGCAGCUCUGGUCAACUCACCUCCAAAUGGUCACAGCACAGCCACGCUGGGAUCUGGAUGCCGAGCUGAGGACCCCAAAACUGCCUCCGCUGCCAUAGGAAAGGUUUUGUGUCCAACGGCGUUUCUGCCUUAUUUGUAAAGUGAGUCCCACAAGGGUGCGUGCCCCGCAGCCAGCAUGACGAGCGAGGUGGUGGAGAAUGAGUUUGAGUUUUACUCCAAGGCAGAGAAGUACUGGAAGGAUGUGCCCGCCACAGUGGACGGCAUGCUGGGGGGCUACGGCCACAUCUCCAGCAUCGACAUCAACAGCUCCAGGAAAUUCCUGCAGCGGUUUCUGCGGGAUGGCCCCAACCGGACGGGAACAACCCGUGCCCUGGACUGCGGGGCUGGCAUUGGCCGCAUCACCAAGAGGCUGCUGCUGCCCCUCUUCAAGACAGUGGACAUGGUGGAUGUGACCGAGGACUUCCUCACCAAGGCCAAGAGCUACCUGGGGGAGGAGGGCAGGCGGGUGCGCAACUACUUCUGCUGUGGCCUCCAGGACUUCAGCCCUGAGCCCAAUUCCUAUGACGUCAUCUGGAUCCAGUGGGUCAUUGGACACCUCACUGACAACCACCUCUCUGACUUCCUGAAGCGGUGCCGUGCCGGCCUGCGACCCAAUGGCAUCGUGGUCAUCAAGGACAACAUGGCUCAGGAGGGCGUCAUCAUGGAUGAUGUGGACAGCAGCGUCUGCCGGGACCUGGAUGUGGUCCGUAAGAUCAUCCGCCGGGCUGGGCUGCACCUCCUGGCCGAGGAGCGCCAGGAGAACUUCCCCGAUGAGAUCUACCAUGUCUACACCUUCGCCAUGAGAUGAAGGUGCCCGGUGAUGGGAGGAGGUCUCUCCAGGACCAGGACAGCGGUUCCUGCCGGGGCCAGGAGGGGUGAGGACUGUGCCUUCACCGCGGGGCUGCGCACGGCAGUGAGGGCGUUGUGACUCCGUCUGUCUGGGGCUGGUGGUGAGGACGGGGCUUCAUCUUCCAAGUUGCUGCUGUUUGUGAAAAGAGGUGUUUGCCAAAUACAUUUUUCCUGCUGUUGGACUUCA